AUGACUACUUAAUAUAUCGAAAAUCAGGAAUCCUUUACCCCUAUUAAAACUUUCCAAUACGAUGAGAGUAGCUCUGCUUUCACUCCUGUCUUGAAGAAGCCUGUUGCUUAAAGGAUUUCUCCUUUUCAAAUGCAAGAAAAUAUUCCCAUAUCAAAAGCUGUAUUACUAAAUAUGAUUUAAAUCUAGAACGAAACACUUAAGAAAUAAAGAUCCUAAAUACUAAGCCUCAUCUAACCUAUGAAGCUUGACUUUGAUCAAGAAAAUUAGAGUCCUAUUCUUUAAACCCCUAUCAAAUACAGAAGUUAUUAAGAAAAGUCUGAUAACUUGAUCGAUGAGGAGAUUGAAGAGGGGUCUCAAACAAAAACAUAAAAAUAAGAAUUUAUGAUACCACAUAAAAUUUCAUAUGAAGGCUGUGUUUCUAGGACUUCAUUCUCAUCUGAAUCAAAACUUGUGAAAGCAUUUUAACAAUACAUUUCACCCUCAUGCUCAACGAGUCCAGACUCAGAGCGCAGUUUUGUGAAGUCUAUCACCCCGCACUCCAAGAAUUCAUCUGAUACCCUGCUUCAAACCAAAAGAAAUGUAUAAAAUUAAAGCGGCAGAAUCAGCUCUUCUUCAUUUGAAUAAUAUUUCUUAAGUUCUGAGGAAAAUCUCAACUCUUGCGUGGAUGGUUUGUUUACUAAAGACAGAUAAGAGCCUCUCUAGAAGAUCAAAAGUAUCAUUCGAUACAGUGCAGCUCUUGAGAGAGAGGAGAAUGAUUUCGACAAUUCUCUGGAUGAGGAUGCCGACUCUAAUUAAAACACUAAUGGCGACCAAAUGAAAGCCAAGGGAAAGCGUAGAAGACAGAGGAAAAAUCUAUACCAGCAUAAUAUUCUCAUUGAGGAGUUCGAUCAAAAUCCUAAUUGGGACAAAGAACAAAUAAAGCGCCUCUCAGAUAUAUUGGGGUUGAAGGAAUCUCAAAUUUACAAGUGGAACUGGGACCAUAGAAAAAAGACCCUUUUAUGA